AUGGUUUCUGAGUGUUAGACCAACCGCAACGGAGGUCCGUGGCCCAAAUCCUUAGCAUUUUUACAAUAAAAAAAUUGUGAAUUGGGCUCAGCUUUAGACGGAUCGGUACGGAUCAGUCCGUAAAUAAGGCUUCGAAGGAUCAAGUCCUUACUGCACGUGGCGUCUGAUGGUUGGCCCGGCGAUAUGUUGUGUUGGGUUAUGUCGAGAAAAAAAAACAUUCGCGACCGAAGGUUAGAAAAAAAAAUCAGAGCUCUCGACGAAAGGCGAUUUCUCUCCAUCUUCGAUUUCUCUCCAUCGUCGAUCUUCAAAGGCCAACGAACAUGGGACAAGACUAUAGCUACACGCAGCCUUCAUCAGAGGAGUUCGACAUCAACUCUUUACUUGAAGCAGAAGCUGCUCUCUACGGGGAUGAAGCUCAGAGUAGCUACAUAAUUGCAGAGGCGGAUCAGUACCCACCAGAACCUGAGGCUGAUGAAGGAAUACCGAGGACAUGCUAUUGCGGUAGUGAGGUUGUUGUUGAAACCUCGUACACUCGUAAAGAUCCAGGAAGGAGGUACUUCUCCUGCAACAACGUUGACGAUGGAGACUCCCACAUCUGGAAAUGGUGGGAUGUGGCGAUUCAAGAAGAGCUUCGUGAAACGCAGACACAACUUAGGAUGGUGAAGGAUCAAUUCUUUGAGAGUGACCAGAAGGUGGCUAAGCUUGACAAGAUCGUGGGUGUGUUAACUAAGAAGACAUCAGUGAUUAACUAUGGUUUGGCAAAGGGAGUUAGUGUACUGGUGUUAGUGAUACUGGUCAUCGUUAUGGGCUGGUAAGUUUCAUACCUUAUUUAGAUAAUUAAUUUGAUUUAAAAUUUGAAAUUUUAACUGUUUUAUCUUAUGUCAUUCAAGGAAGAGCUUCGGAGGUUUUAAACAUCAGUGUCAGAACUCGAGAAGGGGUUGGCAGGUAACUUGUUUCACGCUUACUUACUAGUUUCAGUAAUAAAAAAAAACUUAUCUCUUCAUGCUUUAAUUGUUUUUAAUGCUAGAUUUGAUAGAAUCGUACUUGUUAGGUUUAAGUGUAGCUAGUGUAGAACUUAUUAGUAUGAUUAGAGUGGUGGUAAAUGCUUGUUUGCUUUCUAUCUGCCUAACAACUCCGAAACUAAAUGCGAACUUACUUUCUAUUGGUUACUUAAGGGUUUGUGUUGCUAUUAGAGUAACAGAAACCUAUAAUCUAAACAUGAAUACCACAACUGGCUUUGUUAAUCUAAUGUAUAGUCAAUCUUCAGUUGAUCUUGAGUCACCCGAACCAGCUUGGUUCGGGUCCCAAGGUCCUGAUGAGUUUGUUUUCCACCCUGGUGUCGAGUCUUCUUUCCAACCUGCUGUCCAGUCUCCUGUGCAGCCUACUGUCGAGUCUGCUAACAAAGAGAGGAGGAAAUGGUCUCCUAAUGAGGAUAAAAUCCUCAUUGGUGCUUGGCUUAACACCAGCAAAGACCCCGUUGUCAGCUGUGACCAGAAAGCUGAACGUUUCUGGAAGAGAAUUGUUGACUACUACAACGCAAGCCCUCAACUGGUUGGGACAGUACCUAGAGAGCUUGGUCCAGCAAAGCAGCGGUGGGCUAGGAUUAACAAGCAGGUCUGUAAGUUCGUUGGAUGCUAUGAGGCGGCGUUGAGGGGGCAGAGAAGUGGUCAGAAUGAAGACGAUGUGAUGAAAGCUGCCCUCGACUCAUUCUUCAACAUUUAUGAGCACAAGUUCAGCCUCGAACAUGCGUGGAGGGAGCUGAGGCAUGACCAGAAAUGGUGCACCACCUAUAUGGUUAAAGAUGGUGGGAAGGAGAAGCACAAACCAGUGGUGGACGUUGAUACAGAAGAUGAUGUUGCCGAACCUGAAAGCAGACCAGUUGGUGUGAAAGCUGCUAAAGCAGCUGGUAAGAGGAAGAAGAGUGGCAAGGAAGAAGAGAUGUCACAGCUUCAGUCCAUCAUGGAAAUGAAAGAAAAGCUCUCUAAACAAAAGAUUCUAGAACGUUUACUUGCCAAAAAAGAUCCUCUCUCCGAGAUGGAAGAAUCUCUUAAACUGAAACUCAUGACUGAGAUGUUAUGAUGAUAUUUAAGGUAUUAGGUUAGUUACAUGUAGUUAGAUGUAGUUUCUAUUUGUAUCACAUGUUGUAAUACUUUAUUUAUUUGCUACUCACGGGUUCUGAAAGUGUCUUUUAUUUUCUUUCAGGUGUAGCUGUUCGACAUGUGAACCUAGUCACGGGUUCUGAAAGUGUUUUGUCGGUUGGCUGAAGUGAAUCCAAGUCACGGGUAGUUCUAAGAAAUGUACUAUAAGUUUCCCUUCUAUCAUGUCUUUAGGUAGCUAUCUCUUUUGCUUAGUUUCCACCAGUCGGAGUUGUAAUCUCUUUUGCUGUAACUCGGAAGUUGCGGAUGCUCUUAUUAUCUCCAGCAACUUGUAAUCAACUACUACUGCUUCUCUAAAUUCGGUAACUUGUAAUGAAAUCCUCAUGCUUCUCUUA